UGUGACUUUUAAGGUGAAAGUGUCCUCUGCCCGGGGCAUAGUUUGGCCGACAAGCUGCCGCCGUAUCCUUGAGCCCGCGCACCACACACACGAUGUCGGAGUCCAUCAAAAACGUCGCGAUAUUUGGAGCCACGGGGAUGACCGGGCUGGCGACCCUGCAGCAGGCGGUGUCUGCAGGAUACAAUGUGACGGUGCUGGCGCGGGACCCUUCCAAGCUGCCUGCUGACCACAAGGCAUCCAGAGUGGUGGUGGGAGACGUUCUGAUUAAAGAGGACGUGAAGACGACCAUGGAGGGCCAGGAUGCUGUUAUCAUCAUCCUGGGCACCAGGAACGACCUACGCCCAACCACCAUGAUGUCUGAAGGCACCAAGAACAUCGUGGAGGCCAUGAAGGCUCGUGGGAUCCGCAAAGUGGUCGGCUGCAUGUCAGCCUUCCUGCUGUGGGAUCGCUCCAAAGUGCCGCCCCGUCUGGUUCCUGUGACAGAGGACCACGACAGGAUGUACACAGUGUUGAAGACAUCGGGGCUGGACUACGUGGCUGUCAUGCCUCCUCACAUCGAUGACAACCUUCCUCUGACAGAAAGUUAUAAGGCGACGGAGAACAUGCUAAAAGGAAGAGCCAUCUCUAAACACGACCUGGGACAUUUCUUUGUCAAGUGUCUGUGCACCUCAGAGUGGGACGGCAAGACUGUUGGAGUGUGGGGAGAGUACAAAUAAAGAACUGCUGGUGCCCUCCAGAUGGUGAAGGGUUUACAUUUCUCCCUGUCACUGAUUGCCAUUCUUUUAUUUCCACUAAAUCGCUGAAGAGAAUAUAUUUGAGUAUGCUAAGAGAUAAGUGGAGGAAAGAUAUUUGUUCUUUUUUUUCUUAAUAAAACCACAAAUGCUUUGUUGUUUUUGCUUUCAUGACCAUGAUUGAGCAGCUUUUGCUUUGUGUUGUUAAAUUUUUAUACUCAUUCCAAUUGUAUUUUCAGUGAUGCAUAGGAGGUAUUUUAAAACUAGCUUUAGCUGUAGCUGUUUACAUUUCUUUCCAUCAAGUUCUGUGUUUUCAUAUGAACAGUCUUUACAUAUUGAAUGUUUUCUCUGCCAUCCUUGAACUUUUUGCCACGUGAUGCCUACUGUCGUUGUUCUGAUCUGCAGUAGGCCCCUUUUUUAUAGCUGUUGAAAAUAAAAGACUUAAUUGUGCAAAAGGU